GCAUGCGCUGUAAGCUUUAAUCGAGGAAGUGGUAAGAGCAGGCAGCUGAAACGACAGAAGAGAGUUUGUUGUUUAUUCCCCGUUUCGUAGUGGACAAAACAUCACGCAGCCUUUUCAAAAUGUCGGAAUUUGAUAGCAACCCGUUUGCCGACCCUGCCAACGACAAUCCUUUUAAUGACCCUUCCGUCACACAAGUGACCAGCUCCGGUGUAGAACCAGUUGACCAGUACAACCCUUUUCCUGCCCAUCCCACAGACAAUCUAGCUAGUCAUACCACUCCAGCCUCCACCACUGCCUACCAGCCUGCUGUGUUACAGCCGUCUACAGAGCCCAGUCCACAGGCAACUGCUGCUGCAGCUCAGGCCAAUCUGCUGAGGCAGCAGGAGGAGCUGGAGAGAAAAGCUGCUGAGCUGGACCGCAGAGAGCAGGAGCUACAGAGCAGAGGCCCGACAGGUAAAGAAAACAACUGGCCUCCACUUCCCAAGAGCUUCCCCAUCAAACCGUGUUUCUAUCAGGACUUCUCAGAGGAAAUCCCACCAGAGUACCAGAGAGUCUGCAAGAUGAUGUAUUAUCUCUGGAUGUUCAACUGUAUGACUCUGUUCCUCAACCUGCUGGCGUGUUUGGCUUACUUCACCACUGAUGCGUCCUAUGGUGUGGAUUUUGGCCUCUCCAUCCUCUGGCUCAUCCUCUUCGCUCCCUGCUCCUUGCUCUGCUGGUACCGGCCCGUCUACAAGGCCUUCAAGACUGACAGCUCCUUCAGCUUCUUCUUUUUCUUCUUUGUGUUUUUCUGCCAAGUGGUAGUCUUCAUCAUCCAGUCUGUAGGAAUCCCCAGGUGGGGGAACAGUGGUUGGAUCGCUGCCUUCACCGUCAUCAGAACAAACAAGGCAGUAGGAGCCAUCAUGAUCAUAGUGGCCAUCCUCUUCACCAUCUGCGCUGUGCUGUCUGUCAUCCUGCUCAAGAUGGUCCACAGCAUGUACCGCCGGACUGGAGCCAGUUUCCAGAAGGCCCAGCAGGAAUUCUCACAGGGCGUCUUCACCAAUAAAACGUUCCAAACAGCUGCAGCUGGUGCAGCAUCCUCCGCUGCCCAGGGAGCCUUCCGGGGAAACAACUAAGGGUAGACUGAGCUAAGCUAAGCUCCAUUUAACAGGUCAAGGUCUAUAUGUUAUCAGGUCUAGAUGAUUAAGUUCAUUGAGGUUGAAGGUUCAUUGAGAACUUGUUGGUUGGCACCAAAGUUGCAUUAAGUUAUUGUGACUCUGGAAACAACUCCUGCAUUUUGGAGCCAGCAGCUGUAAGUUAUAAUCUAUCCUUAUAAUAUAUAGACCUUGAGCUAGGCUACAUUAUUAGCCUCCCUCCUUUCACCCCUACUGUCAAUGCACAUGCAAUUCCCCACAUUAACUUUGCUUUUCACAUUCAGCAUGUCUCCUGCAGAGUCGUCUGGCUCUGUUUGGAUAUAAAAAGCAGUCGAGGGGAAAGUCUCACAACAAGUGCAUUCUGGGGUGGAAAGCAUGAAUGAAGUUGACUGAUUGCUAUUUCAUUGUGUCCUGGCUUUGUAUAUUUUGUUUGCACUUUUGGCUCUUCAGUGUGUGUGUGUGCGUGUGUGUGUAUGCAUGCGUGUGUGUGUAUAUGCAUGCAUGUGCGUGUGUGUGCGUGCAUGUGUACUGGCAUGCUGAUCACGUGUACUCAUUUGGGUGCAGUACGCUUUUUUUUUCUCCACACCAAUGGUGGGUCCUGUAAUAAAUGACAUACAGUGUUUCUGUUUGGCAUUGAUUGGCAUUUCUUCUGUGUCAAAAGCAUUUCUUCUAAGUUUUAUUUUUUUGGAAAACCAUCUCUUUUUGUGUGGUGCAAAUUUAAGUCUAAUAAGGAAGAAAAGCAACUGUAAUAAAUAAUUUAGUUAAUUGUCUGGCAUUAGAUUUUGCUCUUACUGUAAGUAAUGAUUUAAAUCUGUGGUCAAUUAUUCAAGGAAAGGAAAAACAAUAAGAAUUCUCAGACUAACCCCCACAUCACCUUCAGAUUGUGAUGCUAUGUUUUUAAAACAUUUGCUUUUGACUUUUGUCUGGAACCAAAGUUUUGGUAAGCUCUUUCUGAAUAACCUGUGAUGUCAGAAAAUGGAAAAUGUAUAUUUUGGUAUUUGGUAUCCAGAUGAUGGGUUCUGCAUAAAGAUCACAUCCACAGAGGAAAUCAAAGGGUUUUGCUUCAGUUUAUUUCAUAAACAUUUAAGAAUACAGAGAGAAUGCAAUUUCAUUUGACUUUCACUGUCAUCAUUAGAAUAUUUAUGAAACAGCUUUAACUACAUCUUUGAUCACUGCCGUGUUCAAGUGUUAUUUCUAAGGAAACCAAAGCAAUACUGACUGUAAAAAUGGAAAAAAUGAUGUGCUAAUAAAAUAAAUAACCCAAGUAGAUUGACAGCGGUUCAAACAGUAAAUGCAGGUGAAGGAAUGGUUUAUUUUUUUUAUGAAGAUUAACUGUAGAAAUGUAAGUGUACUCAGCCAGUGUAAAUCUUGCAGAAUAAUCAGAAAAGAUCUCAGAGUCUCAGAUUUCACGGCUCUCUAAUGAGGUGUGAUGGUCACAGGUAGACAAGAGAAUCCCAGAUUUCCCUGAUGUGUAUCUCAUUUGUAAUUUCUACUAAACUUGCCAUAACACUUACCUUCUAAAGCAUCACCAGUAUGCAGUGAAGGUAUUACAGUUUCAUCUUUUCUCAUUGAUGGGUUAAUUCUCCUUCCUGUACCUCUCUACCACCAAGCUCUAAAUUAUUUGUUUAUGGAUGUAUAUUUUCUAUUUGUGAUUUCUUAUAUUGAAACAUGUAUGUGUGUUUAUCUGAUGUUUUAAAGCAUCAGUUUGGAUGUAACAUGUUAGCAUUCCUAAAGAACAACUGCAAACCAUAAUUUGUGUGAUGUUCUUGCAACAGGUUCGAUCUUACAUCCAUUGUAAAACACACAAUUUGUAUUCAUUGACACAUCUCUGUAUGCAUUGUUUUGGGAGAAAGUAAUUCAGAGCCUUUUGUAUUUCAAUAUUGAAUAUAGCGUCUAAUAAAAUGCUUUGCUGUCA